ACCGAUCAACGGGAACUUCCGAGUCACCCAGGAAAUUUAUUUCUCUUUCCAACAUGUCAAGUUUGUUUGUUAGGGAAGGUGUAGAAUCAUGUUUGGAUGCAUUGAAUCCAGUCCAACCGCGACCUCCAAUAGAUCGAAGCUAGGGUGAAGAUCUCCCGAUCGCGAUUGUGCACAGCUCAAGACAGGUCGCCUUGAACUUUAAUAAUAAUAAAGAUUUUUCGGAAAUAUUGAGCCCUGCUGGAGAGAUAUAAAGAAGCGAUCCUCGGCCCUCUCGAAGGAAUUAAGCUCACCAUCAAAAACAAAGUGCAACGAACUCUGUUGACCCCGAAAACCUUAACUCUGGCCAUGUCCGACUUCGACUUUGACGCUUUUCCUUCUCCUCAACCACCCAGUGUCAUCCGCACAGUUCGUUCUAUUGAGCCUUCAUUAUCAGGAAUUGGCGGUAUCAUAAGCACAAUGCCGAUGCCCGGUGUCCGCUGUCCAAGUUGCACCGCAAACGGAGCUGAGAUCUGGGUUAUCCCGGGGAAAGAUUGUCAUGUCUGCGGUACGGCAUGUUGAAUAAGUUUGUGUCAGUUUCUCCGAAGAACCUCUCAUCAAUAAUGAAGAGAAACGGCCACUCACUCAUGAGAGGAGAGAGAGGAUACGCCAAUGUCAUCAAUUUGAAAGGCAGCCAAACAACUGCUCGGCAUCCAUUAGGAAUGUCUUCGCUUCUUGCAGAGAAGCAGCUCAUGGAAGAGCUUUGGAUAGAACAGAGAUGGCAAUGGCAACUGCAGCGUUGCACAGAGAGGCCUCUCUUCUGCUUGAAAUGAAUAAAAGCGUAUGUGGGAAUAGACUAUCGUCUUGCCAGGAAAAUGGUCGAG